GAGAGAGAGAGAGAGACUCGCUAGCGCCAUGCCGGCGAGCAUCACUAGGUCGACGUUACUAAGCGCAAGGUAUUUUCGGUUUAAAGAUCACAUCUCCCAUUACGGUGUUACCUAAGGAAUUCGACAUAGGACAGAUAUGGCAGUUACUAUCAUCAUUUUCAAGAAUUAACAUUCCUAUUGUAAAGUGUUAGGAAAGUAUGAUAAAAUGGCAUUUGAUUUAAAAAAAGAGGAGGAUGUUAAAGAAUUCCUUGACAAUCUCGGAAUAGAAUAUAGAUUUGGCUGCUUCAGCGAGAAGAAACCAGACAGUUGCCAUUUGUUGGGAGAUUAUUUAGAGGGUGUAAAAAAAGAUUUUGAAAAGGCUUCUAAGGUUUUCCGAACGAAUUGUGAUGAAUCAAAUCAUGCCAGAAGUUGCUAUAAGUUUGCCAAUUAUAGUUUUCUGGGAAAAGGUGGCAAACAAAAUAUGGAUGAAGCUUAUUCAUAUUACUUAAAGGGAUGCACAGCAGGUGAUCCUGACUCUUGCCUCAAUGGUGGUUUAAUGUGUGUGUCAAACACACCAACAAAUGUGGAGAGACCAAAGGACUAUGAUAAGGGGCUGGAACUUUUGAAUAAGGCGUGUGAUGGCAACAAUGCAUUUUCAUGUUAUUACAUAUCGGGAAUUUUUAUCCAAGGUGUUAAGGACCAUAUAGAAAAGAAUAUGCAGAAGGCAUUUGAUUAUUCGUUGAAAGCCUGUGAAUUAGGAAAUAUGUAUGCUUGUGCUAAUGUGUCUCAGAUGUAUCGUAAAGGUGAUGGCACGGCAAAAGAUGAAGUAAAAAGUGAAGAAUACAAAAAGAAAGCACUUGAUUUACAAGAACAGCACACGGCUCCAGCAACAAUAGAGUUCCAACAAGGGGUUUAAAUUGAUUUUUUUAUUAUAUAUUUAUAUAAUGUCCAAUAAACAAUGUCAGUAAUUUUCUGACUGGUGCAAUAUGACUUGUGUAAAGCAGUAUUGAUAGUAUUUUUAUAAUUGCAUUAUUUCCUUUUUCAUACCGUACCUUAAUUUUUAUUUAGAUUUUUGUUUUACCAUCAUUGUGCCAUAAACAGUGGUCUCAGGAAUUUCUCCAAUUUUAGUCAGUCUGUUAUAAUGUUAAUCUUGAAGAGUUCCAAUUGGUUAGAAAUUUUAUGAAAAUAUUUUCUUUCUCUAAGAUAUCCUUUUUGUAUUAAGAAUUCAUUAUGGAGUCAUUGGGUUGAUUUCCUUUCAUGCAUAUGUACCCUUGCCGAGAAAAAUAAAUAUUGUACAGUAUGUAAGAUAAGUUAUGAUGAUGUUCAUAAUAGAGCUCUUAGCUUGUCA